AUGGCAGAAACUAGUCUACGCAAAGCACGGCAAUAUAAGAUCUAUAUUGCUGUAUUUGUAUGUAUGACCAUCAAGGCAGUUCACCUUGAGGUGGUUACUGAUUUGACCACGGAUGCCUUUUUAGCAGCUUUCGACAGGUUUGUCUCACGAAGAGGGUUACCCACCUCUGUGUAUUCAGACUGUGGGACAAACUUUGUGGGGGUAGCUAGAAAAUUGUCUAACCUCGUUAAUGAUCCGAAAAACCGAGAACAGAUCAGUUCAUCAUCGGUUUGUUCGUGGCACUUCAACCCGCCUAGUGCUCCUCAUUUUAGGGGUCUUUGGGAGGCCGCGGUCCGCUCGACCAAGCACUUGGUGGAGUCAGCCUUAAAUUCUAGGCCACUUACAMCUAUGUCUAGUGAUCCUAAUGAUCUGGAAUGUUUAACACCUGGGCAUUUGAUUGGUCAACCGCUGUGCCUGAGGCUGAGGUUCCAGUCAGUUCGACUAACCUUAGACAGCAUGCGGGGCCGUUGGGUAGUUGACCAGGAAAACAUCAAUUUGGGAGAAUUGGUCAUACUCAAAGACCCAUCUUCUUCUCCACUUGUUUGGAAACUGGGACGAGUUCAUGAACUCCUUCCAGGUCCAGAUGGGGUGGUAAGGGUGGUUAARAUUAUGACUACUCAGGGCCUCGUCACUAGACCUGUAGUGAAUAAGGUAGUUCCCCUUCCUGUUAAUGAUUCCUGA